AUGCAAGUAGGUCUAAAUGUUUUGAGAUACUUGGUUAAGGAUCCUACUAGAGGCAUUCUCCUUAACAACAAUCAUGAUUUUUCAGUCAUUGCUUAUUCAGACUCUGACUGGAAAGGGUGUCCUUCUUCUAGAAAGUCUGUGACUGGUUAUUAUGUUACUCUUAGGGGCAGUCCUCUUACUUGGAAGUCUAAUAAACAGCCUACAAUAUCAUUGUCUUCUGCAGAAGCUGAAUACAGGGCUCUUAGAAAAACUGUUGCUGAACUUACUUGGCUUGUUAGACUGUUGGCAGACUUGGGCCUUUCUAUUUCUGCUCCAAUUCCUUUAUACUCUAAUAACAAGUCAGUCAUUAGCAUUGCUAAAAACCUUGUUUCUCAUGAGUGGACCAAGCAUAUUGAGCUUGACUUCAAGAUCUUGAAGGCGGUAGCAAGUUCUUUGGAGUCACCGUCUUCUCCUACUCUACUUGAAGAAGCCACCAAUAAUUUCGAUUCCUCCAAAGAACUUGGAGACAGAGGUUUUGGAACUGUAUACCAUGGUAAACUUCGUGAUGGGAGGGAAGUUGCAGUGAAACACCUGUACGAGCAAAGUUCCAAGAGGAUGUUGCAAUUUAAGAAUGAAGUUGAAAUUCUUACUCGCAUAAGGCACCAUAAUCUUGUUAUGCUUUAUGGUUGCACAUUAAGGCAUAGUCGUGAACUCCUCCUCGUUUAUGAAUUCAUUCCAAAUGGAACAAUUGAUGAUCACCUCCACGGUGAAAAAGCAAAGAACGGGAGUACCCUUAUAUGGCCUAUCCGCAUGAAAAUUGCCAUAGAAACUGCUAGCGCUUUAUCUUAUCUCCACGCUUCUGACAUAAUACACCGUGAUGUUAAGACUAGUAACAUUCUCCUUGACAACAAUUUUGGUGUCAAAGUUGCAGAUUUUGGGCUCUCAAGACUUUCUCCACAUGAUGCAACUCAUAUCUCGACUGCUCCUCAAGGGACGCCUGGAUAUGUCGAUCCAGAAUAUCAUGCAUGCUAUCAGUUAACUAAUAAAAGCGAUGUGUAUAGCUUCAGGGUUGUCCUUGUUGAGCUCAUAUCAUCACUGCCUGCUGUGGAUAUAAGAAG